GUCCAGUGGCCCGCGAAAACUUCUAAAAACAUGGCGUCCAAAGCAGCAGGCCGUCGAGGGACGAAGCGCAAAGCGGAAGUUCAAUCUGAGGAGGAUAAGAAGAAAAGAGAGGAGGAGAAAGGAGAGGAGGAGAGUGGCCUGAAAGGACCACAGGUUCUCAUUGAACACUGCAAAAGCUGACGAGUGUACGGGCGUAACGCCGAGGAGGUGAAAUCUGCCCUCUUGGCCGCCCACCCUGGUCUGAGUGUGGUCCUCAACCCAGACAAACCCCGCAGGAACAGCUUUGAGAUCACUCUGCUGGAUGGAGGCAAAGAAACGUCUCUGUGGACGGGAUUAAAGAAGGGUCCACCUCGUAAACUGAAGUUCCCUCCACCUGGUGAUGUCGUAGCUGCGCUGCAGGAAGCUCUCAAAGCUGAAUAAACUCCCAGUGAAGCUGAGGAUCUGGAAGAUUUGUGUGGAAGCAAAAUGAUGAGGAG